GAAUUGACCAAUCACGUUGGUCACGUCAGUCAAUCAAAAGCGAUUACUACACAUUCUCGUAUGACCGUAGCCGCUCUCAUUCUUCUCUCUGGACAUUGAAUUUAAUUGUCACGUUUAUAAUACCAGAACUGUAAAUAAGUUGUACGCUGUACUUGGUGGGUAUUUAAUAAUGGCAAACAGCUGGCAAGGCACGAAAGGCCCAGCAAAUUCGAAGGAUCUGGAACAUACGGAGUUUUUGAAUCAUAUAAAGAAGUCGUUGUACUAUUCUAAAUUACCACAGAUUAAUUGUCUAAGUUUGCCAGUUACUGAAUUAGCAGCGGAGUUAUUUUCAGAAGUAAAACACGGUUACUCUUUGGAGAAACUCGAUGUGGAGGAAGCGAGUAGAAUUUCUAGAAACGCGUGUGUCUCUCCUUGUUCGCUUGUACUGGCUCUGCUGUACAUUGAAAGAUUAAAGAACUGUAACUCCGAGUACCUUCAGCAAGUAGCACCGUCUGAGCUAUUCUUAGUCUCUCUGAUGGUGGCUAGUAAGUUUUUGCACGAUGACGGCGAAGAGGAUGAGGUUUUCAACAAGGAGUGGGCGAAUUCCGGACAAGUGACUAUAUCGCGAAUGAACAAAUUGGAGAAGGAAUUUCUCGCUGCAAUUGAUUGGAUGGUGUUUGUGCAACAGCAAGACUUCUGGGAGAGAUUGGAACAGCUGGAAAAAGACGUGGCGUAUCGAGAAGUGCAAAAACGAGGAUGGUGUUCCUAUACGGAGUUGAGCUGUUUGAUAAAUACUGUCCAGCUUAUUGAAAUCGCGCGAACCAUAAUAAACGUCUCCUCGAUCUGUCUGGCGACGUACGCCGCUGGCUUAGCGACUCUUUUGGGUUCCACUCUGGUCGCUCACUUCGUUGUGCAAAGUUGUUUGGGAACGUCGUUUGGUUCGAGACAGCCGGCAAAUCUACGAGCAAAUCUCACGUCGACUGAUUUACCUGAACCACUGAUAAACGUGCAGUCUCAGAAAAUCGAGAACGCAAUACCCGUCUCGUUGAUCUGCGACGAGAGCGUUGUGGAUUGUUUGGGCGCAGAAUCCGUGGAAACCGAUAUUGACAAUAAUGACAAUGUAGCCAGCUGGCAAUGGUGGCUAAACUCGAUGAUGAUUUGGUUGCCCGAGUACAGCACUUCGGAAAGCGACAUCGAGGUCACGAAUUUUACCGACAAUUGGUGCGUCAACAACCCUGAUUUCUCGUCCAAUUCGUCGACGGCCGCGAAGAUAGGAAAGAUGGAGAAGAUAGGAAAAACGGAGGAUUUUGCACCGGAGGAUUAUCGUCGCAACGUGAACUGGAAGGAAACGGCGUCGAUCUGGUUUAUGCAAGACUGGCGACAAUCGCACCAGCUGCAUCACGAAAGUUUUUUUCGAUUACCAGCAAAGUUUUAUUAUUAGCUUGUGAUGUAACAGCUUUAACGCACGGUUAGAGAGCUUUUCGGAAAAUGUAUACAUAUAUAUAUAUAUAUACACACACACACACACAUAAAUAUCUAUAUUUUUUGUACUAACUUUUUGCGAUGUAACAUUAGGCGGAUACUAACAAAAACGCAUUCUUCCAAUAAAUGUUCGGUGCUUUA